GCCGGGACUACAUACUUAGUAGUAGUACGGAGUCGAAAGCGAGCACUACAUGUGAGCCCUUCUUGGGAUUAGAAGCGGCCAAAGGCUCCUCCAGAGCCGGACGAAGGAAGCUCACAUGCGAGUGCAUAUCAGGACUCUUUGUAGGCCUAAGACAGACCCCUAUGUCGACGUCGGCUUACUGGAUAGCGGGAAUCAGGCGGGAAUAAAUCUUUGUUCCUUUCGAUCACUUUAGAAAAACUUAACUCAGGCCUAGUUCGUUUGAUCAAAUCACAUUGGUUGCUUCUAGACGUCGGCCGCCUGCGCAAUUGAACGAAGGAUCUCUCAUCUUAAUAAUGGACUACGAUCCGUGCAUCCAACCUUAUCGUGUUCAUUAUGUCUUCCGCAAGAGUCAAGUUGCUAGAGAAAAGCGACGACGACGUCGUGAUUGUCUCUGCUAUACGUUCUGCUUUGACCAAAUCCAAGAAAGGCGGCUUCAAAGACACUCGACCGGAAGAGAUUCUUAUGCAUGUCUUGAAGCACACAUAUAUUUCGACCAAGCUUGAUCCGGCGCUUAUUGAGGAUAUCAUUGUGGGUAACGUCCUUCCGGCUUCUGGGGGAGCCAGUAUUGCACGUAUGGCUGCUCUUGCUGCCGGAAUCCCCAUAGAAACACCCAUAUCGACGGUCAAUAGACAGUGUGCGAGUAGUCUUACAGCCGUCAACCAAAUUGCGAAUAGCAUCAAGACUGGGCAAAUCGACAUUGGCAUUGGCGCUGGAGUAGAAUCCAUGACAUUCAGCUUUGGCUCAGCCGCAAUCCCGGACGGAUUCUCAGAGCUCGUUUGCGAAACUCCAGAAGCCGCAGACUGCCUCAUUCCUAUGGGUAUCACCUCCGAAAACAUCGCCACCAAGUAUAACAUCUCCCGUGAAACUCAGGACACCUUUGCCGCUCUCUCCUCUCAAAAAGCCGCUGCAGCGCAAAAGGCAAAGCUCUUUGAACCUGAAAUUCUUCCUAUCCGAGUCAAACAGAAAUCUCCUGAUGGCAGAGAACAGUACGUACUCGUCGACCACGACGAUGGAGUGAGGGAUGGAGUCACUCAAGAGAGUUUGGGCAAGUUAAAACCUGCAUUCAAGAAAGAUGGGUCGACGACCGCGGGGAAUGCGAGUCAGGUCACGGAUGGCGCGGCUGCGGUUCUUCUAGCUAGAAGGAGCGUGGCGAAGAAGCUUGGAUUGCCAAUCAUGGGCAAGUUUGUUGUUGCGCAUGCGGUCGGUGUACCCCCAAGGAUUAUGGGUGUUGGACCCGCAUAUGCAAUUCCUCACCUCCUCAAGAAGACCGGUCUUGAAAUUUCCGACAUUGACUUUUUCGAGGUGAACGAAGCAUUUGCGUCACAGGCAUUAUGGUCUUGCGAGAAACUUGGUCUUACUUGGAACGAACCGGGGUUGAAUGGCAAAGUCAACCGUUGGGGAGGUGCGAUCGCUCUUGGACACCCUCUUGGAUGCACUGGCGCCCGCUUAAUUACCACCGGUCUCAACAUUGCCAAGCACAGUAAUGAGAAGGUGUUUGUUACGAGUAUAGGUAACUUCAGUGGAAUGGGGGUAGCAGGACUUAUUGUUAAUGAGCAGUAACAAGAGGAGCUGAGAAAAUAAAAAGAUGCAAUCAUAGAGGGAAUCUGGCGGCAUAAUUUAUGCGCUGUGUCUCCAGCCACAAUACUAGCUUAAUACAUCUACAUUUCCGCGUCGUUGACUAAUAAUAAAACUGGACCCAGAUAAAUAGAUAGAUUGUUACACCC